ACUAGGGUUGCCAACCAUACUAUAUAAUAACGUAUCCUACUUUAUUUUUGGUAAUUAUACUUUAUACUUUUACAUACAAAUAAAGUAUGCAAAAAUACUUUAUUGUCAACCUUUACUGUGGUGCGUAAAACAAAAUACUCAUUAUGGGUACUUAACGAUUCAUAAUUGCUGAACGAAAUAUUUAAAACGGAUAAUGGAAACAAUUUGUAAUUACUGAACGAAAUGUUAGAUGUCAGUUGUGACUUGUGACAUUUGUCACAGAUGUCUUUCAUUAUCGACGAAAUUGUACAAAACUGGUCCGUUAGUUUUGUUUAUAAGUGAAGAAUGCAUUUUAAAGUAAAUAUUAAUGCUGAAAAUGAGGAGUAAAUAUUAAUGCUGAAAAUGACGAGUAAUUCUGAUAGCGACACACCAGUGACUCCUAAAAAAGCUAAAAUAACAAAAGUUUUACAAAAAUAUAAACCUGAGUGGGAAAAACAAUACAACUGGCUAACAAGUGAUCUUCAAAAUAAAAGUAAUGCAAAAUGUAUUAUCUGCGGCGUGAAUUUUACAAUCAGUUCAGCUGGCAUUGGACAGAUUAAGCAACAUCAAAAUACUCAGAAGCAUAAGAUAAAAACUGAAAUGAAGAAAACAUCUGGUGCAUUACAAAAUUUCCUUACAUCAGAUACUAAAUCAAGAUGUCAAGGAUCUAGUGAUGAUGAGAAUAUUAUAGCAGCGGAAUUAGCAUUGACUUUUCACACUGUGAAGCAUAAUUUAUCUUAUAAUAGCAUGGAUUGUCUAAGUAAAUUAAACAAAAUUGUAUUUGUAGAUUCUAAAAUAGCUAGUAAAAUACGCUUGGGAAGAACUAAAAUGGAAGCUUUAGUGAUAGAAGUGUUAGGUCCAUAUUCUGUGGAAAGUGUAAUAAAUGAUUUACAUGAUGAUGUAUUUUUCUGUCUCCAGACUGAUGCAUCAAAUAAAAAAAAUAUUAAGUUAUUUCCUCUUGUAGUGCAAUAUUUUUCAAUAAAUGAAGGGAUCCAAAAUAAACUGAUCGAUUUUUACGAAAAUUCUAAUGAAUCUGCUGAUGGCAUGUUAGAAGCUAUAAAGAAGUCUAUGGAUUCCCACAACCUGUCAUUCAAUCAAGUAUCAGGUCUCAGUGCAGACAAUUGCAAUGCUAAUUUUGGCAUUCAUCACUCAUUGUACACAAAUAUUAAAAAAGAAGUACCAAACCUUAUAAAAGGCAACUGUCAUGCACACAUUAUCCAUAAUACAGUGAAACAUGCUAUGGGCUACUUGAUUUGUGACAUAGAAAAUAUUGUUUUGAAAAUAUACAGUCAUUUUUCGGUAUCUGCUUGUAGACGAGAUGAUUUAAAAAAAUUUGUUACUAUGGUUGAUGGUGAAUUUCACGAAAUCAAACGUCAUAUUGGUACACGGUGGUUAUCACUACAUCCAGCCGUUGACACCCUUUUACUUAAUUGGGAACCAAUAUGUAAUUAUUUUAUAAGUUUAGGUGAUAAUUGUGCAAUAAUUAUACAAGAAUUAUUAAAACUAAGUGAUCAUCAGGAUAGGGAGGUUGUGGAAAUUUAUCUACACUUUACAAGCCACAUGCUUAAUAUUUUUAAUAAAACGAUAAAACGUCUGGAAGGAAAUGAUGUAACUAUACUAGAUGUCUAUAAUAUUAUGGAUAAUUUAAGAAACGAAUUAGAACAAAGAAAAACUGAUAAGUACUUUGGUUAUGAAUCAAAAAUGAGAUUACAAAAAAUUCAAAAGUCAUCACCCGAAACAUUCAAUACAGUUGUCAGUAACUUUUCGCUUUUUAUUGAUAUGAGCUUAAAAUAUAUGAUAAAAUGGUUUGAGUUUAGCGAAGAUAACUGGCUUUCAAUACUUCCUAACAUGUCUUUGAAAAAUGAGGUAAAAUUUGAACAUUUUGAAAUGGUUAUUACAAAGGCCAAAUUACAAGACAGAUUAAAUAUUAAGAUGGACGAUAUGUAUUCCGAAUCUAUAAGACUUAGAGAAAUCCAAAGAAAAGUCACUAAUGAUGAUAAAGAAUUUUUAGUGAAAAUUACAGUAGAAAAAUGGCAAUAUAUACUUAAAAAUGCAUCUGAUAGCUUACCAAAUAUAAAAAAAAUUAUUUCUUACCUACUCUCCGUUCCUGCAACUUCAGCUUUUACUGAAAGAGUUUUUUCUGUAAUGAAUCUGAAGUGGCGAGAAGAGAGAAAUAGAGCAUCAAUAAAUUUAAUUAAAAACGAAUUGUUUAUCUAUUUAAAUUUAAAUAUUGAUUGUCAAACAAGCUUUGUAACAUUUAAAGAUAACAAGAAAUUGUUAUCAUGUGCUAAAAGCACACAAAAAUACGUUUUUAAAGCAAAAAAAACAUAAAAUUUGAAAUAUACUUUUUUUUCUUCCUAAUA